GGACGAGCCGAGGCCAUGGAAAAUUUCCACGAGGAGGCGCCGGAGAUGGGCAAGGUGACCAUCUGUGUGGAAAUCAAAAUUGCGUGCUGCAUCGUAGCGUCGACCUCCACGCCAUCGACGUGAUGCCUGCUCGAUGGCGUGGCGGUGCUGGUUCCUCACCGCUCGACGGGGCCAGCACUGCCGCGUCAUCGCCGAGAAAUGACUUAGUGAAGAAUUAUCGGGUGCACCCGACGCACUGGUUGAUUUCCACACAGGUGACCAUGGCCGCGACGCUGCUCGGCAUCCUGUCGUUCCUCGUCGCGCUCACGAUCUUCUUCGAACGGACCCAGGAGCACAUGAUCCACUCGAGCGUGCCGACCAUGAAGCCCGUGGUGAGGCAGACGUUCGCCGAGGUCACGGUGCUCGGCUUCCUGUCGAUCGUGACGACGGUGGCGGGCAAGUGCGGGCUCUGGGGCCUGCUGGCCCACGUGCUGUACGGCGAGGAGGUCGAGGAGGAGGAGCUCGAGGAGCUCGUGGAGACGGCGCACUACACGCUGUUUUUGGUGAUGAUCGUCUUUGUAUUGCUCGUCAUGGGCAUGGUGCGCGUGGGCAACAACUUGAAGAGAAGGUGGCGCGCCCUGGACAAGUGGUGCGCGGCCGUCGCGGACAGUAACGUGCCCUACCCGUGGCUCGCGGGCGCGCCGCCGCCGCCUUCACCAAACACGCCGAUCCUCGGCCGCCUGUCGAAGAAGGAGGUCAUCGCGUACUGGGGCAUGCGCCAGGAGUUCCUGCGGGACCGGAGCCUCCUCCCGCCGCACGCCGACUCCAGGAACAGGCUCCCGGCCACGUUCGACUACGCGCGCUACCUCAUGCUCUCGCUGUCCGAGGACCUCGUCGAGAUGGUCGACGUGGACUGGCCGACCUGGGUCGUCCUCGAGGCGCUGGCCGUCGCGUGGUGCGGCGUCGUGGCCGUCAACGACGGGCCCUUCCUCCUGGCCGCGGGCUGGGUCGCCUUCGAGUACGCGAUCUUCGCGCUGGCGCUCGCGUUCCUGAACCACGUGCGCCGGAUCGCCCGGGGCACGAUGGACCCGGCGGCGCGCGAUUACAUUGGAGGCGCGGACACGAGGGGCGAGUUCACGCCGAUCGUCGGCCAGGACCUCCCGGGCUGGGCCUGCGCCGUCGACGCGCGGAUCGAGGAGGCGGAGCGGCACCACGUGCGGCGGCUCUUCUGCGGGCACGCGCCGAACAAGCAGCACCGGCUCUUCCUCUUCGAGGAGAAGGGCCACGAGUCGCACGUCUUCGCCUGCCGGCUCCUGCUGCUGCUCCAGGCGGUCUACGUGUCGCUGGUCGUGAUGACCUUCGCGCCGCGCGUGUGCAAGCACUCGUCGGUGCCGGCGACGGGCGGCUACGUCCUCUUCGCGCUCGCGCCGACGGUCGGCAUCGCGCUCGUCGCGCGCGAGGCCGUGCCGCUGGCCAUCCACUGCGGCUCGGUGGGCACGUUUCGCAACCGGAAACUGGUCGGCCAGGUCCUCCGGGAGACGAAGGCCUCGCGCGCCGUGAAGCUCCUGAAGACACUCUACGGCCUCCGGGCGCAGAUCGUGACCGCGCCGGCCACGCCGGGCGGCCCCGAGCAGGCGCUGUCGCCGCGCGCCUCGGCCACGGGAGUGAAUGAGGAGGACCAGCGGCAGCUGGCCCAGACCUUCGACCUGUACGACGCGGACGGCACGGGCCACCUCGACGCGGACGAGCUCAGCGAGCUGCUGGCGUCGCUGGGCAUGGAGUCGUCGGGCGCGCAGGCGGCGGCGAUGCUGACCGGCAUGGACCACGACGGCGACGGCCAGGUGAGCCGGAGCGAGUUCCUCAGCUUCAUGGCGACGCAGGCGGAGACGUCGGAGAACGACCAGUCCAUCGAGCACACGGCGAAGAAGGUGUUCGCCCUCUUCGACAACGACGGGAGCGGGAGCGUGGCCCACAGCGAGUUCACGGAGGGCCUGCGGCGCUUCGGCAUCAGCAUGACGGAGGAGGAGAUGACCAUCCUCGUGGAGGAGCUGGACCACGACCGGGACGGGAGCAUCUCGCUGCAGGAGUUCACGCACCUCCUCAAGUCCGUCCACGAGCGCGAGCACGACGUCGCGCAGCUGCACUAGCGGACCCGUGUCUCCCAUCCGCCGCCGCGCCCGGUCCCUUCCCGCGGGGCCCCUUAAAUUCGAACCACC